AUGAUGCUAAGCAAGACUUCUCUUGCUUUCUUUUCUUUCAUGACCUUAGCCCUAAUCCUUCCCUCCCAUGCCCAAGACACACCACAAGAUUACCUUGAUGCUCAUAACGCAGCUCGUGCAGCUGUAGGUGUUGGUCCACUAACUUGGGACAACACGGUGCAAGCCUAUGCACAAAAUUAUGCUAACCAACGUGCCGGCGAUUGCAACCUUGUCCAUUCUGGUGGACGUUAUGGGGAGAACCUUGCAUGGAGCAGCGCUGACCUUUCAGGUACAGAUGCUGUAAAAAUGUGGGUUGAUGAGAAGGCCUACUACGACUACAACUCAAAUUCUUGUGCUGCUGGCCAGCAGUGUGGACAUUACACUCAAGUGGUUUGGCGUAACUCUGCUCGCCUAGGAUGUGCUAAAGUGAAGUGCAGCACUGGAGGAACCUUCAUCGGCUGCAACUAUGAUCCACCCGGCAACUAUGUUGGGGAAAAACCUUACUAA